AUGAAGCUGGCCAUGGCGUCUGUUCUGCUAGUAUUGUUAUCGCUACUCAUCCGUUCAAAUGCCAAAGAAGAAGCCUUCGAUGCAAGGCAUGGAACUCGUUCUCCUACCAAGAAACGGAUUAAAGAGUUGGAGAACUUGGCAGCUCAUCUGGAGGUGUUACUGAGAGAAGCUGAAGAACAGAACCUAUCUUUGGAAAAACUUCCUGUUUGGUUAAAGGGUUGGAAAUCUCCUUGGAAAGGAAAACUGAAAGGUGGAGAAUUAAUUAUCCAAGGAGAGGAUGAACUCUAUGAUCUUGGUAUCAGGACUCGAGCAAGAUUUCCAAAUUUGUUUAAUGAUGAUUACCAUCUAGAUGUUUAUGCAAUAAAAGCAACACAGGUCCCUCGGGCAUCAGCCAGUGCUGUGGCAUUUGGCAUGGGAUUGUUUAGUGGGAAAGGAAGUCUUGGACCAGGGCGUCAUCGAGCUUUUGCUGUAACCAGCGAAAGCCGUGCAAGUGAUACAAUGCUAAGGUUUCAUGAUUGUUGCCAAAACUACAAGGCAUUUAAGAAAAGUCAGGAGCCUGCUGUUGAUAAGCUUAAGGAACCUGUUUAUGAUGAAAUUACUUCUGCAGAAGCAUCCUUGUUGAAUAUAGUUGAUCAAGCUUGUGCACUUUUCAGUCCUUCUGAGGUUUCUUUGCUGGAGUGGACAGAUGAUUUGGAGGCCUUUAUAUUAAAGGGGUAUGGUAAAUCAAUAAACUAUAGAAUGGGAGUGCCCUUACUUGAAGAUGCUGUGCAGUCCAUGGAGCAGGCUAUUAAGGCCGAAGAAGAAAAACAUGCUCCUGGCAGUUAUGAAAAGGCAAGGCUAAGUUUCGCACAUGCAGAAACUGUGUUUCCAUUUUCAUGCCUGCUUGGACUUUUUCUUGACGGAUCUGAAUUUCAAAAAAUACAGAGGGAACAGUCCUUGCAACUCCCUCCAAUGCCUCCCCAGAAGAGAAAUUGGAGGGGCAAUACUGUGGCACCUUUUGGUGGGAAUAACAUGCUGGUUCUGUACAGUUGUCCAGCCAACACAUCAAACAAGCACUUUGUGCGAGUGCUGCACAAUGAACAUCCCAUUCCAAUGCCAGGUUGUGAUGGUACUGAUUUCUGUCCACUUGAUAUGUUUAAGGAAAGAAUAGUGGCUCCUCAUUUGAAGCAUGACUAUAAUUCUGUGUGCAAUGUAAAACUGGAACAACAAGAGCAGAAGCCUGUAGCCAGUAAGUUAUCUCAACUGUGGAUGUUCUCACUGGGGAAUGGUGAUAAAAGGUCCCUCGAUGAAUUGUAG